ACGCGCUCGGUCACUAAAUCCGCUACGAGGCAGCAGUCCGUCCCGCUCCGGAAAAAGAUGACCGUUUUAACGGUUGUACCAAACACUAAACCGCGGAUAAAUUGCGUACGUUGGUGUCCUUUAGGAGUGUAACGGAGGACUGUGUCGGACACAACGAGAGGAUUUGGACGGAGCCUGUUUUUUUUUUGUGUGUUUUUGUUGAAGAAAGAGACCCACAGACAGACUAGGUUGUUGUCGGGCCAGUUGGAACAACGUCGAGCUCCCGAAAUAGUAACUUCUUUGACAAAAAAAGAAAAAUAUAUAUCUUAUACACUUUUUAAAUGCUACGAGACGAUUAAGAUUUUCAUCGUUGAUUAUUAUUUUAUGGGUUAAAAACGUUUAUAUGAUGCGUGAAAUAGCCACUGGGUAGACUGGUCAGACUGGUGUCAAAGGCUAAGCUAAGGUUUGGAUGUGGACUGAGUUUAUGUUCCUAUUAGGACAACACUAACCCGCUCCAAACCGCCAGUGCCGUUCAUUUUUACUCCUUAAUGAACUUUCAACCAGGAGACAUUAUGUCAUUUUUUAAUUUCCGUAGAAUAUUUAAACUGGGAGUGGAAAAGAAGAAGAAGCAAUACGAACAUGUGCGCAGGGAUGAAAAUCCAGAGGAGAUCUGGGAAAUAGUGGGAGAACUGGGAGAUGGAGCCUUUGGCAAAGUUUUCAAGGCUCAGAACAAGCAGACGGGCAUCCUCGCUGCUGCCAAAGUAAUUGAUACAAAGACUGAGGAGGAGUUGGAGGACUACAUGGUGGAGAUUGAGAUCCUGGCCUCCUGCGAUCAUCAGAACAUCGUCAAACUGCUGGAUGCUUUUUAUUAUGAGAGCAAACUGUGGAUCCUCAUUGAGUUCUGUGCAGGAGGGGCCGUGGAUGCUGUCAUGCUCGAACUGGAGAGACCCCUGACUGAGCCCCAGAUCAGGGUGGUGUGUAGACAGACUCUGGAAGCGCUCGUCUAUCUCCACGAAAACAAAAUCAUCCACAGAGACCUGAAGGCCGGCAACAUCCUCCUCACACUGAAUGGUGACGUGAAGCUGGCUGAUUUUGGUGUGUCGGCCAAAAACACCAAGACCUUGCAGCGGAGAGAUUCUUUCAUUGGAACUCCCUACUGGAUGGCUCCUGAGGUGGUGAUGUGCGAGACCUCCAAGGACCGUCCAUACGACUACAAGGCUGACAUCUGGUCUCUCGGAGUCACUUUAAUUGAGCUGGCCCAGAUUGAGCCUCCGAACCACGAGAUGAACCCAAUGAGAGUCCUGCUCAAGAUAGCAAAGUCCGACCCUCCUACUCUGAUGCAGCCGUCACGCUGGUCUCCUGAGUUCAGUGAUUUCCUGAAGCGCUGCCUUGACAAGAACCUGGACAGCAGAUGGACUGCACCACAGCUUCUUCAGCAUUCGUUCGUCUCAACUGUGACUGACAGCCGUCCGCUGAGGGAGCUGAUAGCUGAGGCAAAGGCUGAGGUCACCGAGGAGAUUGAAGAGCACAAAGAGGAAGAGGAGGAGGAAGAGACAGAGGCACAUCUGGGCCACAAACGUGCUCCAUCUGAUGUCAGUGUCGCCAGCUCAGAGGAUGAAAAGAUCCCUCUGUCCCCCUUAGAAUCAGUCCCUGAGAAGUUGGAACCAAUCCUACCUGUUCCUUCCCCGGCCAAGCUUCCAGUUUCCAACCAUGUGGUGGAAACCAUCUCAACCGAGGAACCUGCUGCGUCUGCAGCAGAAGAGAAAUCAGAGGAAGCUCCAAACACUGCAGUUAAAGAAGAACCUGCACAGAAACCAUCAGAGGAGAACAUUCCAGAGGCAGUGUCUGAUGCUGCUUUACCAGGUUCUGAGCCUGAACCAGACACACCGUCUAAAGAGCUGCAGCGGUUGCAGUUAGAUGUCGAGGAUGAAAAAGAAGUGGACACAGCUGAAGUUCCUGAGGGCUCUGAAACUUCUGGGCCUCCUCAAGAGGAUAACUUGUGUGUUGCAGAAGAAGCUAACACUCCCGCAGAGGAAGAGGAGGAAGACCAAUACAAGCACCUUAAAGUGACUCUAACUCUGCCAGAGCCAGAGAAAGAAGUCCUAAAAGAGGAAAAUGGAGAGCAGCCUGCAGAAAAAGACAGGUUGAACGUUGAAGAGGAGAAAAAGGUGCCAGAUAAAGCUAAAGACGAAAAAGAGAGAGAUUCUGAUUCAGGAAGGGGUUCGGCUGCAGAUAACAACAGUGUAGACCUGAAUCUGUCUAUUUCAAGCUUUUUGUCCAAAACAAAGGAACCUGGUUCUGUUUCUAUACAGGACUCCAAGCGGCAGAAGAAGACGCUGAAGAAGACUCGUAAAUUUAUCGUCGAUGGGGUGGAAGUUAGCGUAACAACAUCAAAGAUCAUCACCGAUAACGACACCAAGAACGAGGAGAUGAGAUUCCUCAGGCGGCAGGAGCUGAGGGAGCUGCGUCUCCUGCAGAAAGAGGAGCAGAGAGCCCAGCAGCAGCUCAGCAACAAGCUGCAGCAGCAGAAGGAGCAGAUCUUCAGACGCUUUGAGCAGGAGACCACUAGUAAGAAGCGUCAGUACGACCAGGAGGUGGAGAACCUGGAGCGGCAGCAGAAACAGACCAUCGAGAGGCUGGAGCAGGAGCACACCAACCGCCUCCGAGACGAGGCUAAACGCAUCAAAGCCGAGCAGGACAAAGAGCUGUCCAAGCACCAUAACCUGCUGAAGAACCAUAAGAAAGAGGAACAAGAGUUUCUCCAGAAACAACAACAGGAUCUGGACAGCGCACUGAAGAAAAUAAUCCAGCAGCACAAACAUGAGCUCGCCACCAUUGAGAGAGACUGCCUCAACCACAAGCAGCAGCUCCUCAGAGCACGAGAGGCUGCAAUGUGGGAGCUGGAAGAGCGCCACCUGCAGGAGAAACACCAGCUAUUCAAACAGCAGCUCAAAGAUCAGUACUUCAUGCAGAGACACCAGCUGCUGAAGAGACACGAGAAGGAGAUGGAGCAGAUGCAGCGCUACAACCAGCGUCUCAUCGAGGAGCUAAAGAACAAACAAACGCAGGAGAGAGCCCGGUUGCCCAAAAUUCAACGCAGCGAGGCCAAGACACGUAUGGCCAUGUUUAAGAAGAGCCUCCGGAUCACAGGAGCUGCGAUCACCCCCGAACAGGAGAGGGAAAAAAUCAAGCAGUUUGCUGCUCAGGAGGAGAAGAGACAGAAGAACGAACGUCUCCAUCAGCAGCAGAAACAUGAAAACCAAAUGAGAGACCUGCAGCUGCAGUGUGAUGCCAACAUCCGAGAGUUGCAGCAGCUGCAGAACGAAAAAUGUCACCUCCUGAUUGAACAUGAGACCCAGAAGCUGAAGGAGCUGGAUGAGGAGCACAGCGUGGAGCUGAAGGAGUGGAGGGAGAAACUCAGACCCAGGAAGAAGGCGUUGGAGGAGGAGUUCGCCAGGAAGCUGCAGGAACAGGAAGUGUUCUUCAAGAUGAGCGGAGAGUCCGAGUGCCUUAACCCGUCCACUCAGAGCCGCAUCUCCAAGUUCUACCCGAUCCCCACCGUCCACUCUACUGGUUUCUAACCAAAUCGACCAACAAAGGAGAUAAAAUGAACAACGGUGGAGUCUGAGCCACUGCUGCGUGGCCUUCAUCGCCAGAUUCAGUCAGGCUCAAGGAGUUCCACAGAAGUGACGUCACUCCAUCCUGUUUGUAAAGAAUCCAGUGCCUGUAGACCUGGAAAUAUCUCAGCUUUGGAUCCCUGCAGCAUCAUGGAGACGUUUGCUCUAAGGAUUGUUUUUAUGGUCAAACAUGAAUCAGUCGGCAUCAUUUCUAAGUGAUUCUAAAACAGGAUGUAUUUCUGAGUAAAAACCUUACUGAAGGAAUGAGCUACACCAGGUUUUCAUGUCAUUUCAGAUUUUGUGGUUGAGUGUAGGCUCUGAUACUUUAAUCUCCGGUGUUACAUGACUGCAGUUCUUCAUCAGAAUGCCUGGAGGUUUGUUGUAAAGCAUUUCAAAAACGUUUCUAGCUAUUUUGCUCUAGGGAAGCAUUUAAUUAUCAGUUCCAACAGCAAAGUAAGAAAACAGAAUUUCUCUUUAUCUGGAAAAUGAAGGAACAUUUGUAUAUUUUUAUCUUCUGAUGACGUAUUUUGUAGGUCUGUUUCCACUCAUAGCCGUUAGCCUUAAUAACUCAGAUGUAUCGUAAAUCUGUUACUGCGCCUUUAAGGACGUGUUGUGAAGGUUUUUAUCCUGCAUAUGUUUGUGUCUGUAUUCAAACAAACUAAAACACAAAAAUCUUUUUGUUCUUAAUUACUUUUAUUGAUGCAAAAAACUGGACCUGACUGGUUUAGGCCUUUCUGACCUCUCAUUGGUUCAUCUCCUUUUAUUCUUGAUUGGCUGUUCUCAGUAAAUAAAUAUAGAGAAAAGUGCUGGGCACCUUUUUUAGAAAAAAUAUAUUCAGUAACUAUUUAUACCAAAACUGCUCAGCUUCCUAAAUUCAGACUAAACAACAUAUCAAAUCAUUCAUUUGUUUUUUAAAUACAUGUAUAGUUUUUAGAAAUGCUUGUAUGUUGAUUUUCAUUCUGCUGUAAAUAAAAUAUUUCCUCUCAAACA